UUGGUCCCCAACCACAUAUAAACAGCCACCCCGCUGGCUGUCUGAAUAUAUCAGUGUUUCGGUAAACAAACCACAAUGGGCUUCAAAAUCUCUACUUUUGCCAGCGCGAUGCUCGCAUCGCUCCCAAGCAUCGCAGCCCAGUGCUCCCUCCCCUCAAGCUACAGCUGGACCUCCUCCGAGGCUCUCGCCGAACCAAGCUCAGGAUGGGCCUCGCUGAAGGACUUCACAACAGUAAUCCACAACGACCAGCACCUCGUCUACGCCUCCUACUACGCCGAGGACACCGGCUACGGCUCUCUCAACUUCGACCUCUUCAGCAACUGGACCGACAUGGCAUCUGCCUCCCAAAACGCCAUGAACACUGGCACCGUCGCGCCAACCAUCUUCCGCUUCGCGCCCAAGGACGUCUGGAUCCUCGCGUACCAAUGGGGACCGACAGCGUUCUCGUACAAGACCUCGUCGGAUCCCACCGACGCGAACGGCUGGUCUGAUGCGCAGCCGCUGUAUUCCGGGACCCUUGACGAGGAUGAGUCGGAUACGGGCGUCAUCGACCAGACCGUCAUCGGCGACGAGACGGACAUGUAUCUCUUCUUCGCGGGGGACAAUGGCAAGAUCUACCGCGCGAGUAUGCCCAUCGACGAUUUCCCCGGCGACUUCGGCACACAGGCCGAGACGAUUCUCUCGGAUACGCGCGAGAACCUGUUCGAGGCUGUGCAGCUUUAUACCAUCACCGAGGGCAGUCUGUAUCUCAUGCUCGUCGAGGCGAUUGGGUCUGAGGGGCGCUAUUUCCGUGCCUUUACGGCGUCGAGUCUAGGAGGGGAGUGGACGGCGCUGGAGGGUGCUGAUACGGAGAGUGCCCCCUUUGCGGGCAAGGCGAAUAGUGGUGCGACUUGGACGAACGAUAUCAGCCAUGGGGAUCUGGUGCGGACGAACUCGGACCAGAGGAAUUUGGUGGAUGUGUGUAACUUGCAGCUGCUUUAUCAGGGACGUGAUCCGGCGAGUGAUGGGGCUGAGUAUAACCUGUUGCCGUAUCGACCAGGGGUGCUGAGUCUUGCUUGAUUGCCUGACCAGAGUCAAGGGAUUGAAUGACGUACACUUUAAAGCUCUUUGAUGGCAUUUAGCUCCAGUUAUCGUGACUGUCGUCUAAACCAAUCCACUCAUAGACAAUCAGAGAACAAGCUCGAUCGACAGUAUAUCGUCUACAGCGACGUAAUUGUAUCAUAUGUAGUCUCUGCCCUAUUGUACUAGAUGACGCAUGAAGAACAGGCAGGCAUGUGGGAUCUACAACAGAUCAUUAAACAACUCAAUCACGAAUAAGCAAUGUCUGGUUCAAUAUCGCCACAUCGCAUUGAGUUCUGCCCUAGCCUCGGAGUCGGGUGAACCAGAAUAAUGUAUAUACAGUGUCCGCACACAGGGACCGAAAAUUAGAUUCACAAG